UAAACUAAAUCUUAUUUACUUAAGGCAUACAUGGAACCGGUAGUGGCCAUGCAAGAGUCCCAAUAUAACAAGAAGUCAUUUCUUAAGUUGCUCGACGGCCUAUUCUUGCCGUUUAUUGUAGUUGUUGGUGUUAUAGUUUUUGUCAGCCCGUUUUGGCUUCAAGUUUCUCUCAGAUUUUUCAUAUCAACUAUCCCUAGAGUGAUUACUUACAUGUCAACCCCCAAGGUCUUAUUCCUUCUCACAAAUUUCAUCGUGAUCACCCUCAUUGGAGAAUCAAUGUUUUCCAGAUCAAGAUCUGCUCUUCCAACUAGCGAGUUACGCAAAGAGUGCAUGACUGUGACAAACAAUUCUUGUGACUGGUGGUCUUGUGCAAACAUGAAGAUGGGAAUCGGAUGUCAACAAUUAACAAAAGAGAAUAUGGAUAGACUGAGACACGAAGAUGAUAAAAGGCGUAAGCUUAGUCCGAUGCAGAUGGAUUCACUACACCAGAGGGCUGAUGAUCUGAUCGCUCGUGUGAACAGACGGAGGAGACUUGAAACUGAGAUUUUACAUAGCCACGUAGACCAUAACCGUAUGUCAUAAUAAUUACAUGUCUGCAAAAGUUUAGUUUUUAUUUAACUUCUGUAUUUAAUAAAAAGAUUGAUCAA